AUGAAGAACUCCUCGAUUUCAAUCAUUCACAAUGGUAAAUUUCCGUUUGCAAAUGACCCAAAUUCAAUUUUGGCAUGGUGUCCCAAAAUGAAUUUAAUCUUUAUAUCUAUGAACAAGACUUCUAUUUGGUGUUAUAGAAUUGAUGGUGAAAGAAUUUAUUCAAUAAAUAAUAGAUCAGUUAUAAAAUCAAUUGCAUUUUUUGAUAAUUAUUUUUGUUUAUCUGGGACCGACCACCUAAUAAAAAUAUACGACUCAAAUGAUGGGAAAUUAGUCAAGACAUUGGGUGGCUGUAAAUUUUUAAACAUUCAAUUUAUUAAUUGGGUCAAUACUGACCAUAAGCUAGAAGAUGAUCUCAUUAUGAGUCUACCUAAAAUAUAUACAAUGUCAAAUACUUUAAACUACCUAGUAAUUAAUGAUAGCUACUCCAUCGGUUUAUAUUUCAACAAAAUGUUAAAUAUUAAAUGUCCAAUAUCAUAUCAAAUUACACAACAACUUUCAAAUAAUUUAUUCCAACAAAUAUACCUUGACAAUAAAAAUAACUUGAUUUCUGUGAAUAUCAAUACAAGUUCUAAAAAACUAUACGUCAAACUGAUCUUAAUUAUCUGUCAUAUCAUUGAAUACAUAGAAGUUAUGGAAAAUACCGUAAAACAAUUAGAUGAAGAACUAAAACCAUUUUAUGUUUUGUUCGAUAGAUAUUUAGCAAAUUUAAAUGAGGAAUAUAAAGGGGAUUUAACACAAAAUUUAACUGACUUAUUAUUAACAAAUAUCAUACCCGAAUACACAAAAGAUUUUUGGGUCAAUCAAUUUGGUGAAAGAGGAUAUAAGAAAAUGAGUAAGUCCUUGGAAACAGUGUUUGAAAAUUGUCAAAAGAAAAUAUUUAACUACUUAAUAUCCCCAAUUGAAAGAAUAAUUUUAUUGCUCAAUAAUCUAAUUGGUAUCAGUAAAUGGAAUAAUGUGCUAGGUUUGGAGAUAGUUGAUUUAAGUUUAAUUCUACGAGAUAGUCAAACACUAUUAAAAUCAUUUUAUCAAUUCAUAUGGAGUUUAAAGGACGAAAAAGUGAAAAUCUCAGAAUUUAUUGGUUGGUGGAAAACAAUAGUUGAUAUGUUAAAUGAUCAAGAUUUCAACAAGUGUUAUUCUACAUCAAAUUUAAUAGAAUAUAUUAAUUCAGACCUACUAAGAUCAAAAAAUUUAAAUUAUUACCGUUAUAGCUUGGAUUUGAUAAUACCCGCUAAUUAUGAUGAGGGCCCAUUGUUUUAUGAAAUCGAACUUCUAAAGACGUCGUUCGACAGAAUUCCAGACCAAGUCGAUACCCAUCAUGAGUCAAUAAUCACUGUUGAAUUUUUAAGAAAUAUAAACCUAAGCAACGACACUAGCUUAAAGAUAAGUCAAUGGGAGGACAAAACAGUAAUAACAUACAUAGAUGAGUCAAAUAAUCUAAUUUUAUCAACUCCUGAACAAGAUUUUGCCAAGAUUCCAAAUGUUAUAGCAUAUGAACAUAGAUCAAAAGAUUUAAUUGCAUUAACCAAAGAACAUCUUUUAGUUGUUGAUACUUCUUCGUCAAUACCAAUAAAUUUACCAACUUUAUCAUUUGAACCUAAAAAAGUUAGAUCCAAUAAUUCUUUCGUGUGUCUCGUUGAUGAAAUGAAUUCAAAUUAUGUUAUUUUAAAAGUUGAAUGA